AUGUGGAUUUCGUGUUGCAGGCGACGUGUGGCAGUGCUUUGCACACUCGCGCUGUUGGCAUGUGCUAGCACCGCCAUCGGUGAAGAUAAUAACACAGCAGAGGGGCUGGAUAGGGAGUUAUCGGAUAUGGUAUUGACCACAGCAUUAGGCAAAAUACGCGGUACAUUAUUGCCCUCGCAAAUUGGACGUAAUUUUUAUGCUUUCCGUGGCAUACCCUAUGCCAAACCACCUGUUGGUGCACUACGCUUCAAGCCACCCGAACCAGUAGAUCAGUGGUUUGAUAUUUUCGAUGCAACUUUCGAUGGACCUCGCUGUCCACAGCCGGGUCUCUACAGUGACGAUGUUGCGGAGGACUGUUUGCGUGUCAACAUAUACACGCGUGAUUUGCCCACUGAGAAGGAUCCCAACGUGAAGAAGCCAGUUAUUGUUUUCAUACACCCGGGUGGAUUUUAUGCGCUCUCCGGACAAAGCAAGAAUUUUGCAGGUCCACAAUAUUUCAUGGAUCGCAAUAUUUUAUUAGUUACAUUCAACUAUCGCCUCGGUUCGCUGGGCUUUAUGAGUACGGGCACUGAAGACGCGUUGGGUAAUAUGGGCUUGAAAGAUCAGGUGAUGCUUAUGCGUUGGGUUAAACUGCAUAUAUCGCGUUUUGGUGGUGAUCCGAACUCUGUGACUUUGCUCGGUUACGGUGCGGGCGCAAUAAGUAUUACACUGCACAUGGUUUCGCCAAUGUCGCGAAAUCUCUUUCAUAAAGCAAUCGUUAUGAGUGGUUCUGUGACGGGCCAAUGGUUGUUGCCGGUAGAACAAUUGGGUUUGGCUGUGCGUCAAGCAGCUUUACUGCAUUGUACAACGGAAAAUUUAACGGAUAUGAUGAGCUGCUUGAAUUCGAAACAUUACCUCGAAUACGCCAACACUUUGCCGCACAUGUUCGAGUUUGGACGGAACAACCCGUUGAUACUGUGGAAACCUGUUAUCGAACCGGACUAUGGCCAGGAACGCUUUCUCGUAGAAGAUCCAGUGCGAUCUUUUCAAAAUGGUAACUUCAUGAAAAUCCCCAUAAUAACGGGCAUGACAAAGGACGAGUUUGCUGGUCAGGCCAUCAGUAUUUUGGAGAAUCCACGCCUUCUAAAGACCAUGGCACACAAUUUCGAACAAAUAGCGCCAAUUUGUUUCCUCUACAGCGCUGAAAGUCCACGCUCGCAAAAUAUUAGUAUCGAAUUGAAGAAUGCUUACUUUGGUAAAGAAUCGUUGGAAUAUGCCGGCACACUACAGCCCAUGGUAGAGCUCUACUCUGAUGCCCUAACGGGGUUUGGCGUACAUCGUUUCGUACAUUUGGCGGCGCGUUCAACCAAAGUCUAUUACUAUCGCUUCAGCUAUCAAGGACAGCGCAGCCAUAUUUACUAUCCGACAAAUAAACCUUAUGGUGUUGUCCAUCAUGAUGAUCUUAUGUAUCUCUUUGUGGAACCAUCUGUUAGUCGCAUGUUCACCGAGGAUGAUCCGGAGUACAAAAUUGUCGAUAAGCUAACAAGAAUGUUCACAGCCUUCGCUUACAAGGGUGAUCCCAAUAAGCAGAGUGAUGACAAACUGCGCGACAUACGUUGGCGUGCUUUUAGCUUCAAACGUCAACAUUAUUUGGAUAUUGGCGAAGAAAUUGUGCUACGUGAGGGUCUCAAUAUGCGCCGCUAUGAUGUUUGGAAGCGCUUGUUUCCAUUAAAUUGGAAGCGUCAGAGCAAACAUGAUCUUUUGGAUUAUGAGUAAAGUGUUUAACCGCAUUGGAAAAGAG